AUGGGGAAUCUGGAGAGGCUGGCCCAGAAGCCAGCCCGCAAGAGAACUUCACCAAAUGGUGGGCACAGGUGUUCACGUGACGGAGACUUGAGAGAGGGAGAGAAGGCAGCGGAGAGCGGACCCCAGAGAGCCCUGAGCAGCCCCACCGCCGCCGCCGGCCUAGUUACCAUCACACCGCGGGAGGAGCCGCAGCUGCCGCAGCCGGCCCCAGUCACCAUCACCGCAACCAUGAGCAGCGAGGCCGAGACCCAGCAGCCGCCCGCCGCCCCCGCCCUCAGUAGACCAGUGAGACAGAAUAUGUAUCGGGGUUAUAGACCACGAUUCCGCAGGGGUCCUCCUCGCCAAAGACAGCCUAGAGACGAUGGCAAUGAGGAAGAUAAGGAAAAUCAAGGAGAUGAGACCCAAGGUCAGCAGCCACCUCAACGUCGGUACCGCCGCAACUUCAAUUACCAACGCAGACGCCCAGAAAACCCUAAACCACAAGAUGGCGAAGAGACAAAAGCAGCCGAUCCACCAGCUGAGAAUUCGUCCGCUCCCGAGGCUGAGCAGGGCGGGGCUGAGUAA